AUGGCUGCCAUAGACGACAGCAACAAGAGCCUCCGGCAGUCGCCCAUGGAGUGCUUCCGCGACCUGUUCAACUGGAAGGUCAGGGUCGAGGAGACAGACAGCGUCACCGGCGUCACCACCGUCGAGUACCGCGACCCCGAGCCGCUCAAGAACCCGAUCUCCCUGGCUGCCCAGCUGUCGGCGCGCAACUGGCUCUUCUUCGUGGUCGGCCUGUUCGCCUGGAUCUGCGACGCCUUCGACUUCCACGCCCUCUCGAUCCAGACCGUCAAGCUGUCCAAGUACUUUGGCCGCAGCAAGACCUCCAUCUCCACGGCCAUCACCCUGACUCUCCUGCUCAGAUCGGUCGGUGCAGCCAUCUUUGGCCUGGCCGGAGACAGAUGGGGGCGCAAGUGGCCGAUGGUGGCUAACAUGCUCAUCCUGGGCGCGCUGCAGGUCGCAACCAUCUACUGCGCUACUUUCGCUCAGUUCCUGGCCGUCAGAAGCCUGUUCGGUCUCUUCAUGGGCGGUGUGUACGGUAACGCCAUCGCCAUGGCCCUGGAGAACUGUCCCGUUGAGGCGAGAGGCUUGAUGUCCGGUGUCCUUCAGCAGGGUUACUCGAUGGGCUACGUCUUUGCGGCAUGCGCCAACCUGGGCGUCGGUGGCUCCACGGACUCAUGGAAGAUCGUCUUCUGGAUCGGAGCAGGCAUCUCUUGUCUGUCUGGAGUCAUCCGCAUCUUCAUGCCUGAGUCGAAACAGUUCCUGGCUGCACGCAAGGAGCGCAAGGAAGGCUUAAAGAACGGUGCCACCACCCCGGGCAAGUUCUGGAGAGACACCAAGGAGAUGCUGGCCAAGGACUGGAAGCUGGUGAUAUACUGCAUCUUCCUCAUGACCUGGUUCAACUUCUACAGCCACACCUCCCAGGACAGCUACACCACCUUCAUGCUCACUGAGAAGUCUCUCAACAACUCCGCUGCCUCUCGCGCAUCCAUCCUCAUGAAGGUCGGCGCCUGUGUCGGCGGUACCAUCCUCGGCUACAUGUCCCAGUGGCUCGGCCGUCGCCGCACCAUCGUCCUCUCCGCCCUACUGUCGGGCCUGAUCAUCCCAGCCUGGAUCCUGCCUCACGGCGAACACUCCCUCUCCGCCUCGGGCUUCAUGAUGCAGUUCUUCGUCCAGGGCGCCUGGGGCGUCAUCCCCAUCCAUCUCAACGAGCUCUCCCCUCCAGCCUAUCGAUCCAGUUUCCCGGGUCUAACGUACCAGCUGGGCAACAUGAUCUCCUCCCCAUCAGCCCAGAUCGUCAACGCCGUUGCAGAGUCAAUGACGGUCAGGGGAGACAACGGCAAGCCGGCGCCUGGCUACGGCGCCACCAUGGGAGUAGCCACAGCCAUCAUCGCGCUUGGUAUCAUGGUCACGACCGCCUUUGGACCGGAGAUGAGAGGCCGCAAAUUCGAGCUGGCCAAGGUCGCGGGACAGGUUCAUGCAGACGGUGAGGGUAAGCAGCAGGGAGACCUCGAGACCGGCAUGGGAGGAGGACAAGAGAAGACGGAAGCUUCGGAGCUGGAAAAGGCGUUUGAGAGCAGAGUUUAG